AUGGCCGCGAUGGAGAGCAAGAGCCGGAGGUUCGCGCUGGCGUGCGGCGUCCUCAGCCAGUACGUCAAGGCGGAGCAGAAGAUGUCCUCCUCCGCCGUCGUCGCCCCGCCCCCGCGCGCCCCGCCGGCCACCACGCUCAGCCUCAUGCCCGGCGCCGACGUCGGCCAGGACCACGCCGCGGCGGCCGCUGAGGAGGCGGGCCCGGCCACGCCGCUCACCAUCUUCUACGGCGGCAGGGUAGUCGUCUUCGAGGACUUCCCCGCGGACAAGGCGGCCGAGGUCAUGCGCAUGGCCACCACCGCCGGCGUCGAGCGCGCGGCCGCCACGCCCGCCCCGGCCCCGGCGCUCGCGGACCUGCCCAUCAUGCGCAAGGCCUCCCUGCAGAGGUUCUUCGAGAAGCGCAAGGACCGCCUCGGCGCGCGCGCGCCCUACGCCCGCCCCGCCGCGCCGGCAGCCAACAAGGGCUCGGAGGACAAGUCGGCGUCGUCCUCCUCGUGGCUCGGGCUGGCCAGCGCCGACGGCGCCUUCGCGCUCUGA